UGGGCGGGGCUUCCGGCGAGGGCGGAAGCGGCGGCGGGGGCGCGGCGAGCGCGGCCAUGGGCGCCCACGGGCUGGAGGCGGCCGUGGUGGAGCUGCAGCCGGGACCGGGACCGGGACAGGACCAGGACCGCGUUUCAGAAAGCAGCGCGGAGAGAGGGCACACAGAGCGCCAGCCUGUGGUGAUCCUGCUGGGCUGGGCGGGCUGCCAGGACAAAUACCUGGCCAAGUACAGCGCAAUCUACAGCCAGAAGGGGUGCACCGUCAUCCGCUACACGGCUCCAUGGAGGAUGAUAUUCUUCUCUGAGAGCUUUGGCAUCAAAUCGCUCCAGACCCCAGCCAGGCGACUCCUGGAGCUACUCUUUCACUACAGGGUUGAAGACAGACCGGUUCUUUUCCAUGUUUUCAGCAAUGGUGGUGUCAUGCUGUACCGUUACAUCAUCGAGGCGCUCCGCACCCACAAGCCGUUCCAGAACCUCAGAGUAGCAGGCACCAUUUUCGACAGCACCCCUGGCAGAAGAAACUUGGUAGGAGCCCUUCGAGCCCUGUCAAUUGUCUUGGUCUCCAUGAACGUGCUGCUCAGGUAUUUCCUCCUGCUCACCUUUGCCACUGGAGCCGUCGUGCUGCGGGUGCUGCUGUACCCCCUGACCCGCUUCGUCCACGAGAGCCACUACGACGCCCUGCUGAAGGCGCCCUCGCGCUGGCCCGAGCUGUACCUCUACUCCCAGGCCGAUGCCAUCAUCAAGGCCAGCGAGGUGAAGCACAUGGCUGACACCAGGCAGCAGCUCGGUGUCCCCGUGAAAGCCGUGGACUUCUCGGACUCGCCCCACGUCAGCCACAUGCGGGUGUACCCCACCUACUACAGCAGCCUCUGCGUGACCUUCCUGUCUGACUGUGUGCAGGGCUCACCUCCCUAGCGCUGCAGUGACCUUCACUGUUUGCUUUGCUCAGCUUGUAAGGGAAACUGUCACCCCCUUUACCUUUGUGUCUUUGAAGGGAGGAAAGUAGAGACUUCUUGUUUGGUUUGGUUUGGUUCUGUUCUUUUCCCCCCCACUGUCUACAAGUCUGGAAGCCUCCAGCCUGGUCUUUGGACUGGCCACAUUAUAGCAGAAAGUAGAUAUGGAUUAAUUUAUAGUACUGAAGGUGAAAUCCAGUCAUGGUUCAUGUUGAUGUACUUUACCAAGGUGUCACAGACCAGAAUUUCACACUGUUAUUUGUCUCUUCCUGUCUCUUCUUGUUCUCUGCUUUCCAUGUUGUCUCCUUGUCCCUGAUGUCCAAUGUGCAUGUUCUAUGGCUUGUACUGAUUUAACAAUACAGUUCUUUCAUGUC